CAAAGAACACUCGACAUCGACAACGCAGAUCCCAGACAAAGCAGACAGCUUUUUAGAUCCCCUAGCGUUUCCGGCCAAGACAGAGAAUCAUGAACAACUCCAGGUUCCUGCGACGGCUGGUGGUACCAGAGUUGAAGGAUGCCGUCCAGAACUUUCCAAAAUUUGACACCCAGACUCAUCCAGCCCAAGGAAUCCGACUCUUCAAGGCUCCACCCAACGAUGUCUUGUUCGGAGGCUUGGACGUGACAGAAGUGAAUCUUCCUAGGGCCGACGGAGAAGGCAGCCUCUCGCUGAUGGUCGUAAAGGAGAGUGUCUCCGGACUCGAGCCUCGAAAUAUUGUCCUGGUGGUCCAUGGUGGCGGUCUGCUUACCGGUCAUCCCAGAGACGACGGCGCCAUCAUUCGGGCAUUUGCAAGGGCAGGUUACAGUGUCGUGUCACCGGACUACCGUUUGUCGCCCGAGAACCCGCCACCGGCUCCAAUCUUAGACGUACUCGCAGCCUGGAACUAUAUCGAGAAGCUCCUAUGCCCGGAAACGCGGGACCUGCAGCGAUUGACAAAGAGUAUCGCCAUCUACGGCACUUCUUCCGGCGCUGGCCUAGUCGCUUCUGCCGUGCUGAGCCGGGCUGCCGAGACAGGCAAAGAAAGGAUGCCUUGCCGGGUGGUGGUACUUGAUGCACCAGACAUCGGGGGCACGUAUCAUCCGAUUCAAGGUGUCUCCGACCCAGAGUUCCUUUGGACAGCAAGAAACAUCGCCCAGUCUCACUCUUGGUCUCUCGACCAGCCUAGUCUCUCAUCACUAUCACCAAAGGACUAUUUACUUCCAAGACACGUCAACGAGGUGCCUCAGGCGUGGCUGAACGACCAUUCGGAAGAUAUUCCUCUGCAUGUCAUUGGUCUGCAUGGAGGCGAUUCCCUGGCACUUCAAGGUCUGGAAUACACCGCCAAGUUAUUAGAAGCAGGCGUCCCCGUAGAGUCGAGGCUGUUUGCUGGAGCGCCUCACGUUCCUCAGACUUUUUUUCCCGGCUCAAAGAUCGCCGAGGAGGUCGUGCAGUUUUACGUGAACAGCAUACAUUGCGCAUUCAAUGACGUGCUUCCUUCCUAG